CACCUAAAUACCAGUCUUGCUCUGAGUUGUGUGUCCUUUCUUGAAUUAAAAGGGUCUGACAAUUUUUGGGAUACUCCCUGGUGCCUUGCUGAUUUCAGAGGCCAAAUUCCCCAAGGAGACCAUGAAUUCCAAAGCUCAUUUCCCUGGGUGAAAAGGAGGUUGCUGUGCGGGUGAGGAGCUGCGAGGUGCUUGCCUGGUGCUGGAUGCCAGCAGGUGGCUGUCGAGCAGCUGAAUCUGAGCUGAGCAGGCAGCCUCACAUUGGGGAGCUGCAACUGGGUUACAACAGCAGGAAAAUGAGAAACCCAGCUGAGGAGUCCUGCUUCAACAGUGUUUUUUGCCUGAUAAUUAAUUGUAGUCUCACAGGAGACAGUUCAGCCUCAUGGUUUACUGGUUUGUUGUCUUCCUUGUGACUUUAUUUUUUACGCAUAUUCUACAUUAGCUCACAGGUAAACAGAAAUGUGCUUGUGGGUUUGUGUGUGCAUGUUUUCAGUCUUACUUGUUAUCUCUGGUCUCUGACACGAGGUCCUCCGAGUUACACUGGCUUCAUGACAUCAGUUCAAUGAAGCUGAGAUGAGAAUAGCCAUGGAUGGGUGCUAGUUGUUUAAGGAAAAGCUUUGGCUCUGUAAUGAAUGUUGAGCCAGCUCUUCAAAAGGUCACACACAAGUAUGAGCAGGCUGUUGAAUAUACAUUCCCCUUAAAGCUUUUAAGCUCUAGAUACCCAUGAAAAUCAGGCAUGUAUCCCCUUUGUUCAGAUACCUUCAUGUUCCCACAAAUCCUGCUUGCAAACACACCCCAUGUUUUCUCAUAUGUCUAAUCGGUGCAUGUAUAGGCUGGUUUAUGUCAGGGCAUGAUGAUGUGUCUGAUGCUAAAAAUCUUCUUUGCUGUUUGCUGGAAAAGAUAGCCAGGUAAUGAAGCCCUGCUUAAGAAAGAGAUCAUUAUCCCAAUGUUGAUUGGUGAUGGGUACCCUGCAAAAAUGUGAGGAAGAAUUUAUUUAUAGUGUAAACAACCCAAGAGGUGGCGGUCAAGGAAAAGAUUUGCACAGUCGCGUAGUUUCUUUUUUUUGGGAUUCCUUAAUUUUUCCUUAGUUCUUACGCAGGUAAUUUUAAUGAAGUAAAGUCUUCCUUUGAUCUCCCUGCUUUUAAAUGUCAGAUUGCAUCACAACAGUGUUUGAGUGCUGCUCUGUGCAAAAAAAACCCAAACCGAACCCCUUUCAUACUCUCUGCUACUUGCCCUAACCAAAGCAGUAACAGUGUCUGCUCAUUUCCUUCUGUGUUUGAUGGCUUUUUGGUUGGUGGGUUUGUGUUUUGGUGGGUUUUUUUUCCUUCAAAUGGAGCAGAAAUGCUUUUCAGGUCUUGGGAAGCAACAGGUUUGAACUUAAGCUUGGCUUCUGUACUGUUUGGUUUGUAAUGUACAAAACCUGCAAAGGGCAGUUGUGCACUGUUAAUGGUCCAAAAGAUGUUUCCCUGUGUUACUGUGCCCAGUGCUGGGGUGUUAGAUGUGUCUUAGAGGCACAAAGUGUCCCUGUUCCUCAUGUUGCUCAGAGAUCAUCAGUAUUUCUUCUACAGGGUUCUAUUUAUGUGACUGCAGGAGGGGUGAAAUGCUGCUGAGCCUUAGCUGUGGAGAGGUUUCCUUUCAGUGAAUGGAGAGAUUUGAACAAUUUUUAAACUGCAUCCCAAGGUGCUUUCCAGGGAACUUUGAAUUUGUAGAACUGGAACUCAAGAUGGCUCUUUGCUAUAGGGAAGGCAGCAGUGGUGCCCACAGCCGGCGGGCAGCUCUGGGUGUUUGGAGGCGAGUUUGCAUCUCCUAAUGGGGAACAGUUCUAUCAUUACAAGGAUCUCUGGGUCCUGCAUUUGGCUACCAAGACCUGGGAGCAGAUCAAGGCAUCAGGAGGCCCCUCUGGACGAAGUGGACAUCGAAUGGUUGCUUGCAAAAGACAGCUAAUCAUCUUUGGAGGUUUCCAUGAAAGUGCGAGGGAUUACAUCUAUUACAACGAUGUGUACGCCUUCAAUCUGGACUCUUUCACCUGGAGCAAGCUGGCACCAUUGGGGAUCGGGCCUGCUCCAAGAUCCGGCUGUCAAAUGGCUGCUACUCCUGAGGGCAGCGUCAUCAUCUAUGGGGGCUACUCCAAACAGAGAAUUAAGAAGGAUGUUGACAAAGGCACCCUGCAUACAGAUAUGUUCCUGCUGAAGGCUGAAGGUGCUGGCAAGGAGGAAGACAAGUGGGUGUGGAGUCGGCUCAACCCAUCUGGAGUGAAACCUACCCCCAGGUCUGGCUUCUCCGUGGCCACUGGUCCCAAUAACCGCUCCCUUCUGUUUGGUGGCGUCCACGAUGAAGAGGAGGAGGAGACCAUUGAAGGGGACUUCUUCAAUGAUAUUUAUUUCUACGACAUCGGGAAGAACCGCUGGUUUCCUGGACAGCUAAAGGGACCGAAAUCAGAGAAGAGGAAGCGAAGACGUGGCAGACAAGCUGAGGCAGAGGGUGCUGGAGAUGAGGUGGAGAAGCAACGUCCACAGGGCCCAGUGGAGAUAGUCAAAGAGGUGGUGGCAGAAGAUGGGACUGUCAUGACGAUCAAGCAGGUGAUCUCUGGGCCUGCAGCAGAGAAGGAGAGGUCUGAGUCGGAGGAGGAGGAGGAAGAUGGAGCCUUGGGCCAGCAAGUGGAGCCGUGCCCCCGUUCAAAUGCCAUGCUGGCGGUGAAGCACGGAGUUCUCUAUGUGUACGGGGGAAUGUUUGAGGUGGGCGAUCGCCAGUUCACCCUCAGUGACCUCUACAGUAUCGACCUACAUAAGAUGGAAGAAUGGAAAGUGCUAGUGGAGAUGGAUCCAAAGGCACAAGAAUGGCUGGAGGAGUCGGAGUCGGAUGAUGACAUGGAAGGUGCGGAGGGAGGGGAAGAAGAGGAGAGCUCUGAAGAGGAGAGUGAAGAUGAGGGAGGAGAGGAGCAACACCCGGCUGUUGAGCCGAAGGAGAAGCACGUGGACUAUCUGUCCAGGACAGAGCAGUAUUGGGUCAGACUGGCCCGCAGCAACAUGGGCCCGGACGCCAAGGAGAAGAAUGUGGUGAAAGUUGCACACGCCAUGGCAAAGACUUUCUAUGAAGAUUCAGUUUAGAUGUUGUUGAGGCUGUUCCAGGAGCGAAGGAAGAUGCUGGAAGCAGCGGUUUGCUCCACUGAACUCAGCCCGAUGUGCCAGACAGUCGGCGUGUCCAGAAGCCAUCCUGGCGCUCCACAUUUGCCAGUGUUGUGGGUGUCUCUGUGCUGACCAGUCUCCAAACAUCUGCUUGAUUAACGCUCUGGACAUGCCGUUAUUCUCCUGGAGGUUGUGGGAGGGUCUUGAGGAACAGAUUGCUGUCCAAGCACCUGUUCUGUUGAGCCUGGCAUAUACAAUACUGUCAUGCUUUUGUUGAAAAGUUGUUUUGAGUCUGUCAAGGCAAACUGCACAUCACAAUGGUUCACUGGUUCCACAUUCCCUCCCCUCACCGGAGCCAGAAUGUGUCUUCAAGGGUUUCUACAAUAAACCUCUUUGGUUACAUCA